AUGCCAAUUUUAUUAGAUCCCUACUAUUGUCACGAGCAGAUACCGAUUCCAUCGGCUUUUCCCGACAUUCUGAAACAAUUCACUAAGGCUGCGAUUCGUACACAACCGAAAGAUGUGCUAAAAUGGUCACACGCGUAUUUCAAAGCACUGGCACAUAACGAGCCUCUACCGGUGAAAGAACGUCUAGAGGUCCCGAUUAGCACACAGAAAACAGACACGGGACUAACACCCGGAAUUUUACGGAUUCUGAACAAUCAAGUGCGUUGGGAAUGA